GAGCGGGAAGCGGCGGGGCGGGGCGGCAGGUGCGGAGAUGCGGGCGGAGCGCGGGUAGCAGAGCCCCGCGUUCAGGGCGCCCCGUGUGGUGAGCGCGCGGCAUGUCGCAAGGGCCCCCGGCGGGCAGCGUCCUGCAGAGGAGUGUGGCGGCGCCUGGGAACCAGCCGCAGAGCCCAGAGGAUGAUGACAGAAAGGUUCGAAGGAGAGAGAAAAACCGGGUUGCUGCUCAGAGAAGCCGGAAGAAGCAGACCCAGAAAGCUGACAGGCUCCAUGAGGAGCAUGAGUGCCUGGAGCAGGAGAAUGCCGUGCUGCGCAGGGAGAUUUCAAAGCUGAAGGAGGAGCUGCUGCACCUGAGCGAGGCUCUGAAGGAGCAUGAGAAGAUGUGCCCGCUGCUGUGCCCCAUGAACUUUGUGCAGCUUCGGCCAGACCCUGUGGCCAGCUGUCUGCCACGAUGACAUCGCGCCUUGCUCCCCUUUUGUCCAGCUCAGAACCUUGGUUUG